GCCGUGUAAGCGACAGACUCGGUACCUGAUGAUGCGUUCAUGUGUGAUGAGUUAUUAUACGAAUUUUAGAGACGCGAAUAACUGUAAUAGGAAAUAGAUUAGAAUAGCGGUCAGUUCUGCGAAUAUUGCGGAAAUAUUGUGGAUCCUCAACAAGAGACGUGACCUGCGAGGCCUGCGCGUCGACCGCUGCAAUAUUUCACAAUGCACGCGUCAGAUAUUCCGCUGCUGUGACCCGCGCAUCUCUCUCUCUCUCUCUCUGCGUGAAUCUACUGACAUGUUAAAGGAUUUAUAACUCAGAGUCACAAUGAAGGAGAAGUCAAAGACGGCGGCGAGGACUCGACGGGAGAAGGAAAACAGCGAGUUUUACGAGCUCGCCAAAAUGUUGCCGUUACCAUCGGCCAUAACGUCACAGCUGGACAAAGCGUCAAUCAUCCGAUUGACCAGCAGCUACCUGAAGAUGCGCCUGGUGUUCCCACAAGGUUUGGGUGAGAGCUGGGGUCAUGCGGCUCGAGGCAGAUCUUUAGAUAAUAACACAAACCAUGAUCUGGGAUCUCAUCUACUUCAGGUAAUAUUCAACAAGACGCUUCAGACAUUGGACGGAUUUAUAUUCGUGGUUGCAGCAGAUGGGAAGAUCAUGUAUAUUUCUGAGACUGCGUCAGUCCAUCUCGGCCUAUCACAGGUAGAGUUAACUGGAAACAGUAUUUAUGAAUAUGUUCAUCCAGCUGACCAUGAUGAGAUGGCUGCGGUUCUUACACCACAACCCUCAUAUCACUCACACUUCAUACAAGAAUAUGAAGUGGAGAGGUCGUUCUUCCUUAGAAUGAAAUGUGUCUUGGCUAAACGAAACGCAGGUCUGACAAGUGGAGGUUAUAAGGUCAUUCACUGUAGCGGUUACCUGAAGAUCAGGCAGUUCAGUCUGGACUCCUCUCCGUUCGAUGGCUGCUAUCAGAAUGUGGGUCUGGUGGCCGUCGGACACACGUUGCCUCCCAGUGCUGUCACCGAGAUUAAACUGCACAGCAACAUGUUUAUGUUCCGGGCCAGCCUCGACAUGAAGCUCAUUUUCCUGGACUCAAGGGUUUCAGAGCUCACAGGAUAUGAACCACAGGACCUGAUUGAGAAGACCCUGUAUCAUCAUGUACACAGCUGUGACAUGUUUCACCUACGCUGUGCUCAUCACCUGUUGCUUGUUAAAGGUCAGGUGACCACUAAAUAUUACAGAUUCCUCUCUAAACGUGGCGGCUGGGUUUGGGUUCAGAGUUACGCAACAAUCGUGCACAACAGUCGCUCGUCCAGGCCGCACUGCAUUGUCAGCGUCAACUACGUCCUCACGGACACAGAAUAUAAGGGAAUGGUGCUGUCUCUGGACCAGUUGAAUCCCAGUAAACCUGCAUUCCUGUACAGUAACCAUAAUGAAAGAGAUGAGAAACUGAUGGACAGAAGUUCAGUGACAAACACUAGGAGUAAAAUCCUGGUUUCUCCUUAUCCACAGUUCCCGGCCUUCCACCCUGAUCGCUCCGAGUCCGACCACGACAGCCAAUGGGGUGGCAGCCCUCUGACAGACUCCACCUCUCCACAGCGACUGGAUCAGAGCGAGGCCUCAGAAUCAGCGUGCGCUUACAGACGCUUUGCCGAGUGUUACAGUCUCUCUCAGAGUGACAUGAUGACAUCAGCACAAACACCGUGUGACCCGUCUACCGUCCGCUGUCAGGGUGGACGUUAUGUGCUGGGCGUAAGAGAUCAGAUUGGGCGAGAGGGCUGGUGGGAAACCGCACGUUCUGUCCCAUCUCUUACAAAAGCAGCCCAACAAAACGGAGGAGAGUUUGAAUGCAGAGCGUUUCAUCAUUCACAAGCUCACUGGGACGACGAGCAUGCGGUCAGUUCUCCAGGAGCAGGGUCAUCGGGAGAUUCUGGAGACAGUUGCCAUGACAACAGGCCGUUUCAAUCCAGCCCGCAGGAGACCUCCACCAGAAGCAAACAGGAGGUGAUUAAGGUGGAGGACAUAGAGUCGAGCGCUUACUCCUCUGUUCUCUUCACAUCUAUACCCGGUGUGGUCCGUCAUACACCCGGGACCCUAAUCCUGUGUAGAGAUGCCAUGGCAACGGGUUCCCAUGACGACAAGGACGGAAGUCCAGCGUCUCUCUCUGGCCUAAGCAGCCCGGGAUCAGACAGACCAUCCCACCCGACAAACGACUACCGGCGGCCACCGUCCGUCUCUCCUCGCAUCCAGGCCCAGAGCACCUCGCUGCUUUAUCCUCCCCAGGACAGAGAGGCCAUCAGCGGACACGGACACUCAGCAUGUCCCCUCGCUGGAGGAAACCUGGAGUCACAGAACAGAGCCAGAGGUUUAGGGGGUUUUCCUCCUCAUUACGACGUGAACUCGAAUGUACAUUUACAAACAAACGGCACACACGCACACAACAGCACAUCAGUUAUCAUCACACACAGCAGCUGACUCCAGCACCCGGAGAACACAAACAAUAUAUGAAGCUGGAACACUGGACUCAUGUAUGGAUGUUUGUCCUUUCUGUUUUAUUUUCGCAACACUUAUGAAACGCAUCCAAAAUAUUUUGCAUGAAUAAAAUGUCUUUUUGCAUAGCAACAGCAUUUUCUUUACUCUACCACAAUCAUCACUGAAAUCACAGAUAUUACAGUAAAACUAUAAAGUGUAAGAUUCUUCUGAUCGUGUGAUUUUCUAAAGGAUCUCUAUACAGGGAGCUCUCAUCUGUUUACUGUGUCAUUAUGAACAAAAAAUGCUUUGAUUUCUUCCCUUCAAACCUGUACCG